AUGUCCCGCUUGCAUCGACUGGAAGGGGGUCCAAACGCGAAUGGAACUUCGACAUACACUGGGCCUUCAUCCUUACUGCCAUCGAUCCCUGGGUCGUCACCGCUGGACGAGAGUGAAAAGAAGUUCAUGCCCAUGCCACCACAACGCAGUGGUAAACCCUAUUCAAAGAAGAAUACACAGCUACACGAUAGUCGCAUUCACUUGGAGCCACUACGCCCACCGACUGCAGGAGGCAAUGGCACGGGUGGACGUAUCAGUACGAGACUCACGGUCAGUUCAUCAUCUGGUCGAGUGUCUUGGGACUCGACGGUGAUGGAAGCCGGCAGUACAAUACUGGAGAAUAUGGCUGCGUUUCGGGAAUUGGAUCGCAAGUUGCAGUUCUACAAGACUCUAGCGGGCUUGAAGAUGCGCGAUGCUGCACAGUCUGAGCAGUCCUUGCAGAAGACACUGACCUGUUUAUUGGUUGCUGCAGCCUCAGCUCUGGAUGCAACGGCCGUGGUGCUUUAUUCGCUAUCGACGGCUAAACUUCCGGUGCUCAAGGUUGUAGCUUGCUCCAGUUCUGGCCCUGGUAUUGUUGGUUUUCAGACUUCACUCGAGACUUUCUCGUUGCGUGGACUCGUCGAACAAUUUGGUGUCAACGACGAGAUUGCAUUGACCGCGGUACCGGCAGCGACGUACGUCGUUUGUCUUCGGGAUCUAGGAACGUAUGACGUCUCCUGCGACGUGGACUCCGUGCUGGGGUUUACGACUGCCAGUGUGCUCGCUGGUGUACUGCCAGAUGAACAUGGAAGGCCGCGGUUUGUGAUGGAAGCGAGAAGUGCUCAAGAGGGGCUGGCAUUCUCCAAGGAAUUUAUGCAUGCAACACUGACGGCAGUCGAGAACGCAGUGUAUCCGUUCGAAUUGCAGAAAGCACUUGUACGACAGACUCGAUCACAAUUUGCUGAGUGGCUGCACUCACCUGAUGUUGGGCAAUUGGCUGCAGAGAUUAUGGCUGUUGCUCCAGUUGUAUCGGGACUCUGCCUUAUUGAACUGCACAGUGACAAGUGUGAAGUCCUCGCUAGUCACGGAAAACUGACGCAAGGGGAAGCUUUCUGUGCAGUGGUGGGGUCUACCAACGCGUUAUUACAGCGACUACUAGACAGUGCACGCACGCAUGUAUGCGUGGACCUCAGUGAUGAUGUUGCUCUGAAUUCUGCUUUACAGCGCGAGAGUAACGUGGAACAAUCACUGAUAUUCCUGCCCGUGCCAACCAGUCGAGGAGCGAAGCCAUGCGGUGUGCUCUGUCUUUGUGCGUCGAACUCGUUCGAGUCGCUAGCUGCAUCGAUGCUCGAAGUUGAGUCGGAAUUACCAUUCGAGACACAAGUACAGCCGAUUCUAGCAGCGAUAGCGCUGGCUCUGACUGCCAAACAACGGUCCGAUGAUCUGCGAGCAUCAACACGACAAAAGCGCCAAUUGUUGGCUCUGUGUCGCUCUCAUUUGUUGGUGGAAUCGGUGCGAGAUCCUUCCAGCCUCGUGUCUUUGAUCUGUGAAAUGGGCAGUGCUGUCUUCCACACAUCCCACGUGACGCUCUACGUCUCCGAUACGAUCAAGAAAGAGCUCUGGAGCCUUAGCUCUCUUAGUAGCGUCAACGGGUUGAGAAUUCCAUACGGGCGCGGUAUUGCUGGCCAUGUAGCUGAGACCAAGGAGCCUCUGACUGUCCACAAGCCGUACGAAGACCCCCGCUUCGAUCGCUCUUUCGACGCAAAGUUUGGCUUCAAGACCGAGUGCCUUCUUACUCAACCUGUCUUGGACCGUGCUGGUGAGACGGUGGGCGUUCUACAAGCUGUCAACUUUGGUCAAUUCCCUUCUGCAAGUCCUCCAGUCGCACGCUAUGAUGACGACGUCAUGGCCCACUACUUACGCCUUGUGGCUCACGCACUGCACGUGAACUCUUCGCUUAUUAUUUUUGCUAAGGUGCAGGCAGAUUACUGGGCAAACCGCUCAGCCCAGGACACAGCGCGUGAAGAAGGCUCGCGUACUGAACGAAAUGACAGAGCUGAUGCUUCUGGUGCUGGUAAUGGGGAGGUUGGAGUCGAUACCAAACAUGAAGUGGCAAGUGUACACUCGCUUUUGGAUCUGAGUGGCUUCGAUGAGGCCAAGUGUAUCCCUCGGAACAAGUGGAGCACUUUUGCUUAUGCUUGCUGGGUGCUUGGUCGCUUUAUCAAGCGCUUGGCUAAGUCACGGUCACAUCAACAAGCUCAGGUACGCCACGGCCGAGCAGAACAAGGUCUCACAGAUGACGACGAGGAGGAGGACAGUGAUGGAGAUCAGGAAGAAACAGGCAGAGUGCUCCUUCGUCCGCGUGUUCGCAGUCGUACAGCGUCUGUUGUACGAGCUAGUCGUACACAUUCAGUGAUCACGAGAUGGCAUCGUAUGACUUUGGGGCAGGAUGGAUACGGCCAAGUGGAAGAAUUACUGCGCGACAAUUUCGAUCCAUUAACCAAAUCCAUCUCGGAACUGGAGAACUAUGCGUAUCAACUUUUCGAGGGACUGGUACUGAUCGGAACGUUCCGGAUUGAGAUCAUCACCCUUCGGAUGUUCAUUGGAGAACUCGCUAGCAAAUACCGCGACGUGCCGUAUCACAGCUUUUAUCACGGCUUCGAUGUGGCUUUAGCUUCGUACACACUGAUGCGAUCCCCCGAAGUCCUUUCGGUUAUCAAGGAACUCGAGGCUCUGAGUCUAUUGGUUGCAGCUCUUGGUCAUGAUGCCGAUCACCCAGGGAAUGACAAUCAAUUCGAAGUGGACUCAAGCUCUGCCCUCGCCCUCUGCUACAAUGACAUCUCCGUUCUGGAAAACCACCACGCAGCCACCACUUUCUCUGUACUCAAGAUGCCAGGCUGCGAUAUCCUCCGUGACUUGAGCGCCAAUGCCAGAGCAUCCGCGCGUACACACAUCGUCCGCUGCAUUCUCGGUACCGACAUGAAGCACCACACCAAGUUACUGUCCGAAUUGGCAGUUGUAGGCAACAUCCACGAGUUCUCAAACGUGCCUGAAGGUCGACAGUUGAUGCUCAACAUGAUCAUCCACGGCGCUGAUCUUGGAUCAGUAGGGCGACCUCUAAGGGUGGCGCUUAAGUGGGUCGAUCGUGUGUGUACAGAGUUCACACAGCAGGCGGAGCGCUCAGCCGAGCUGGGGCUCAACGUCCCACCACAUCUGCUCAACUUGCAGGACGAAGCCACUCGGUGCCGUCUUCAGAUUAACUUCAUUGACUACCUCGUGGCGCCUCUGUGGGCGACUAUCGCCCACCUUGUUCCAGCUGCCAAAGCCACUCUGGACAAUCUACGAGCCAAUCGACUGUACUUCAGUGAGCAAGCCACACUACUGGCAGCCAAACCUCAUAACUAA